ACAUUAAAAAAUCAUUUGGGAAGAAAGCGUCACUUCAUUUUGCAGCAAUGUUCGAAAAAGUGUUCCUUUUAUUAAUGAUAAUAACAUUUUAAUAAUGAUAUUUGUAAUCAUCCAGUGUCGUUAUCAUAAUUCACAAGUGCUAUGCAAUCGAAAAUCGUUUCUUCCUAUAUAAUGCCUCUUUAUACACGGCUUGGCGUUAGUUGUAGCAACCAGGCAUAUUCGUGAAGUCGUGAGCCUAGGGUGGUUCAGCGUUGUACUUCUUCACGUUACAUAACUGUAUCGCAACGUUAUGUCAUUCUUUACUAGCUUACUGUGGAUAAUGAUUCUCACUCUGUCGCCAAACGCAAGAAGCGAUAUACCACCUUUUUCUUAUGUUAUAGGAAAUGUUUCGUGCACCAUCAAUAACCUCGUUAGUGAAGAAGUUGUUGGAAAUUACAGCUUUCUAACAAAUAACAUUGAAGAGCUCAUCUUUAGCAAUGCUUCUAUAGCCCAGUUAGACUUAACGGUUCCAUUAUCAAUAAUCGAUCCGUGGAAAGUUUUGAUCAAGAGUUCUAAUAUGAAACAACUAGUUUUUCCCAGUGAAAUGAGAGCUAGUGUAGUCAAGUUAAACAACGUCGAUGUUGGUGACAUAUAUUUUAACGAAAAUAAUCACCUACAAGAUUUCCGCGCUGAUAAUAUCUCGCUAACACAGGUUCCGACCUCUGUAGUAUACUUACAUACAUUGGAUAUACUGUGGUUCACUCACUCACCAAUUACAACAUUUAGCUUUGACUUGCUUGAAAAUUCAUCUCUAUCACUGCUAUACAUGGUUGCCAAUAAGAUAGAAUCUUUAACAAUAAGCCCUGAUAUUAUAUGUUGUAAAAAAUUGGAAGAAAUAUUCUUGUCCGGCAAUCAGUUGAAACAGCUCGAUCUUGCUAUUUUUUCACUUAUGGUUUCUUUGAGUUCGAUUUUUCUCGAGGACAAUCAGUUAAACGUAAUUAACGCUACCAACAUCUCGAUUGACCAAAAAGAGAAUAGUUCGAAACCAUUCGGAUUAUCGAAAGCACUGGAAGACCAAUUUUGCUCAUGGAAUGGCUUAUACUCUAAUCAAAUUCAAAACGAAUCAUUUAUAAUAUACCCUCGAUUAUUAAACUGUACCGACUUUUACGCGAAUCUCAUUUCUAUUCAUUUAGCAAGGAACCAAAUUCAUAAAAUCGAUUUCAACACUUUUAGUCUUAUGAACAAUCUCAACUCUAUCGAUUUAUCAAACAAUAUGCUAUCAGCAUUGAUAAGCUCAAACAAUAAAGUGCCUUUAAGAUUAAGUGAGCUUUUCGUUUCCAAUAAUAAUAUUAGUGAAGUUUUUUUGAAACCGCUUCCAAGUUUGAAAGCACUAUAUCUUCACGACAAUAAUAUUAUGCAGUUAAAUAUGAGUUCCUUGCCGCAUGAUUUAGAUUACUUGAACCUGAUCAAUAAUCCCCUUGAUUGCGAAGAACUUCCACAUAUGAACAGAAGCGUGAAUCUACCUACAGUUGGUCCCUUCACCGAAUGCUAG